GGGACUUUGCACGGGGGUUGUUUUCAGAACAUGCUGGUUUCAGAAGAGCUGGGAUACUGUAGAGGCUCUCAGUAGAGUAUCUACACAUGUCAAGAUAUCAACCUGUUAUCUCCGCCGACAAGGGAUCCGGAAGCGCAUUCCGUCUUCCAAGCCAAAAUGGAGGCCGUCGCUCUAGCUUGGCAUGUGCGCGAGGGAACAAUUGCGGGGAAGCUUCCAGCUGCCACUCAGCAACCACGAGCGGGAGAGAGAGUCGAUCACAAGGCAGAGUAACCGGAACAUCCACCACAUACUCCAAACUGUCACCUUUCAUACACAGCCCACUUACUGGACGCGCGGCAAUGGCAAUUGCUGCUUUGCAUUCUUAGAAAGGCCUUCGACAUCGUUUAUCGCCCUGAAAUAUCUUUGAGAUCCCCUGACAAGGACACGCCUGCUGGGAGCUUUUUUGAUAGUUGAUCAAUCCACCAAGCAUUGGCUACUUUUCUGCCUAGACUGCAGCACUCCCCCCGCGCAAGCCGGAUUGCCGUAACGAGACCACAAAGCAAAAAAAGCCUCUUCUUUCACCACUUGAAACAUUUAUUGUUUUCUUCGUCUUCUACCCUUUGGUCAUUGAGGAUCACCUGCGCCCAACACAGCAGCAGCCAUGGGAAUCAACAAUCCGCUCCCUUCGAGCUUAUCCUCCGAAUGCAAAAAGUGCGGCAAGAUCCUCUCCUCGUUCAUCGACCCUAGACAAGCCUUUGGACCCGAGAAGGUCAUCCCGCCAUCUGUCCUCGCCAACGCCAAGGGCCUCGCUAUCCUUACUGUGAUCAAAGCAGGCUUUCUCGGAUCCGCCCGUUUCGGCUCCGGCCUCGUCGUCGCCCGCCUCCCCGAUGGCUCCUGGAGCGCCCCAUCCGCAAUCGCAACCGGCGGUGCUGGCUUUGGUGGCCAGAUCGGCUUCGAGCUGACAGAUUUCGUCUUUAUUCUUAAUGACGCCAGCGCUGUCAAGACCUUCUCUCAGGCUGGCUCCCUCACACUCGGCGGCAAUGUGUCAAUAGCUGCUGGUCCUGUAGGCAGGAACGCAGAAGCUGCCGGCGCUGCCUCGCUGAGAAGUGUGGCCGGUAUCUUCAGCUACUCCAAGACAAAGGGAUUAUUCGCCGGUGUCUCCCUCGAAGGCUCAGCCAUUAUCGAGCGCAAGGACGCCAAUGCUAAGCUCUACGGCCGACAGAUCUCGGCGAGGGAACUCCUGUCUGGAGCCGAGCGCCCACCGUCGCAGGCUUAUCCCCUGAUGAGCAUCCUCAACACUCGAGUUUUCAACGGUAUGGCGGCCGGUGGAUCGAUGGACAACAGAAUGUACAACGACGUACCGGUGUAUGACGACCACGAAGACCCGGUUGUCUGGGGUAACAAGACUGGCCAAGCUUAUGGGGAGGGGCAGUCGAGGAACCGGGACAGUGUGCCUGCGGGGAGCAGUGGACAGGGAGAUUACUAUGCGCCACCCAAGAGAUCUUCCACGUGGCAGGAUCCGGUUUAUGAUCAGGAGCCCAGAUCGUUUGGGCAGGGGUCGAGGUCGAGCACGUAUGCGGAUAAUUCUUUUGGUGGGGCCACGACAGGGGAGAAGAAGGCUCCGCCUGGACGGCCGGCGGCGCCGAAGCCGAACUACGCGGGUAAGGAAGCUAUGUUGAAGAAGAAUGAGGCUAUUGCGCUGUUUACCUUUGAGGCGGUGGAGCCGGGCGAUUUGGGAUUCAAGAAGGGGGAUGUGAUUACUGUCUUGAAGAAGACGGAUAAUGCUACGGAUUGGUGGUAAGGUUUGACAUUUGAUGAGAUGGUUUGGAGGUUGAGGCUGACACGAUGAUUUAGGACGGGCAUGAUUGGAACGAAACACGGUAUUUUCCCCAGUAAUUAUGUCAAGAUGAAGGAGUGAUUAGGGACAAUUGUUUAGAGGGAGGUGUGUGCAGUGGCAAGAUACCCUUGAGAGGUGAGGAUGGGGAUGGGGACGCGUUUCGGUUCGUUUCAACGUUUGGGAAUCCUCGCUCAACGAUGACCUUUUUUUUCUUUCCUUGUGCAUGGUAGCAUUUGAGUUGAAUUUUGGUUGUGGCGUUGGUGGGAAAUGGGACUACAAAUGGAUUUUCUGGUGGUGUUUGAUGGUUCUCUUCUUUGUUGGUUUUCGUGUUUGUUUUUUUGACGGAGGGUUGGAUGCAUACGUUUUUGUGUUGUGUGGCUUGAAGUCGAAGGAGAUCGUUGACGGAGAUGAGGAGAGGGUUGCGAUGAAGCACAUCUGACGUGGGGAGAUCGAGGAGAUGGAGACAGAUUGGUGAUGAUGUACGCAGUUUGUGUAGUGCUUCUGGGUAGGUAGGAUGAAGUAGUGAACUUUGAGAUUUGCAACAAGGGUGGUUGAGGUCUGAGUUAGGUGUGGUGUGAUGUGGUGAGUGGUGGGAGAGGGUGAUGAUGGCAGUGGUGAUGGCUAACGAUGGCAGGUGAUGUUGAGUGUGGAUGUGGUGAGGGAAAUCAGAGUGAAGAUGGAUGAUGGUGAUCGUGAUGGUGGACGACGACGAGGCUUGAUGAUGGUAAGAUUGGACGACGAUGGCAGCUGUUGAUGGUGGCAGUGGGUAAUGAUGCUGCUCAACCUACUCAUGGAAGAGAUGGGACACCGGAGGAGGGGUUUUAGGCGUCGGGUUUGCACCAAAUCAAGGCAGCACCACAACGACUGUAUCGUUGCGUACGGCACAACCUUUCGAGACGGCCUGGGCUCCUCAAGGAGGUUCGCUAGUCGGAAACCAAGGUCGCAGGUUCGAGUCACGUUCUUGUUCUGCGAUCUUGGGACCGCAGCCUCGCCCGGCCUCGUCGCCCCCUUCAUGGGGGUGCGGCAGUGAUUGAAGAACCUAUGCUCAGCGAGGUCCCCGGUUGGGGUGCAGUUCAUUGAUCCUGGCUUGUUGUUAUUGUUAUUGUUAUUGUUGUUGUGAUAUGAUGGAUGGCAUGGAGAGUGGGUAUGGACAGAGGGUAUGGAUACUGGGCAUAGGCGAAAAUCUUUUUCCUCGCGUGGAUGGAGAGACGAUGGGUGUGGAUGGAGAUGGGAGCUGGGAAUGAUGAGUUUGAGUGAAGGUAGCUGUCUCUUACUAGUAGGGCAGAUAGACAUGUCCAUCCGGUUGUGUAUGUUGACACAGCAGUCGCGAGGGUUGGUCGCUAUAGUAGCAGGAGCAACUUAACGUCACCACCUGGCAAGCAGCAACGUCGAAGAGCAACUGACGGGGGUUUACAGGUAUUCUUUCCGCACCAGGAGAUAUCAAAUUCAGACACAACUGAAAUGGCCAUGUGUUGUAAUGUGCAAUGCGCAACAUAGCCAGCAUAGCGCUCUCACCCGUCGCGACGGUUUGAUUCCCACCUGGGUAAAUGGGCUUUGCAUGGGUGUGCAGAUUGCACUCGGUGCUUUCUUGGGGUCGGCUUAAAGGGUUGACUUAGUCGCCAAUUCGACGCUCGACGUUCUCCUUCUCCUUCUCUUUCGAUAUCAACAAUUCAGCAAAUAUGUCGCCAUGAGCAGGCAGGCUGGUCCCCGGUGGGUGGAGUUCCGUGCUGGAAGAUCCUCUCUGAGGCGGGUUAUUGUGUCUUCUUUUUUUCUUCCUCCAUCUCGCAUUGAAAUGCAAGGUGCAGCUGUAAUUCUUAACCUUCUUUUUAAGAAGGUUGUUUAUUCUUAAGAUCUCUAUUCAAGAGGGCGCUUGUGAAUUUGUUGAUGCUUAUAUUCUAGAUACCAUCGUCAAGGUUGGGAUGUCUCUCUGGGCAAAGAGGCCGCGAAUUGGUAGCUAAAAUACAUACGGUCACCUAUUUUUAUUUUAUUCUUCGACAUUUUUUUUCACCCUUGAUUCUCAUCAAUUAGACUUAGAAAAUGGGCAACGGGA